CGGGGGGCGCCGCCCCCAUGGACAGGAACUACCCGGCCGCCGGGUUCGGGGACCCGCUGAGCGCCGGGCCCGGCUGGAGCUACGAGCGCUCGGCCAAGGCCAGCCUGGUGUACGGGGGCUCGCGGGGGUCGCACCCCGACCCCGACCUGCUGCACCGGCAGCCGUACGGAGCCCCCCACCCUCUGCAGGGCUAUGCGGCCAACCACCACCCGCCAGGGCUGUCAGGGCUCUUUGACACGGGGCUGCACCACGCGGGGGGCGCGGCUCCCGACGCCUCGGUGAUGAACCUGAUCUCGGCGCUGGAGUCGCGGGGGCCCCAGCCCGGCCCCUCGGCCUCGUCCCUGCUCUCCCAGUUCCGCACCCCGUCCUGGCAGACUGCCAUGCACACUCCAGCCCCGGCCGAACUCUUCAUCUCGGGCGCUUUGCCCGGCUCGGGCACCUUCCCCUCCUCGUCGGCUCUGGGUCCGUAUCAACACCCCGCGUCCUUCGGCGGCCGCAGCUUCCCGGUGGGAUCCCCGCUGAGCCUCCCCGAGGCCGCCUUCAGCCCCGGCUCCAACGGGCUGCUGUCCCCUCACGACCCUCUGCUGCACAUCAAACCCGCCCAACCCGCCGUGCCCUCCUCGCUGGGGUUCGACCGUUUAGGCUCGGCCGUGUUAGGCUCGGCUUUACCGGCUCAGACCCCGCCUUACCGCCCCGCUCCCAGCUCGUCCCAGUUUAACCUGCUGUCGGCUCCGCUGCCGGCUCCGGCUGAGCAGCCACCGCAACUCUACAACGCUCCCGUGUUCGGUGGGGCCAACACACCUGGAGGAGGAGGUGGAGGAGGCGGUGGAGGGGGUGGAGGAGGCGGAGAUCGCGCCAUAUCGCGACAGGACAGCGUCAUCAAGCACUACCAACGCCCCGGCGCGGCUCAGCCGCAGCUGCCGCCCGCUCCCAGCCUCCAGCAUUACCUGAGCUGCGGCGGCUCCUACCAGCAGGUUCACCGAGCCCCGGCGCUCUCCUGCAGCCCGCUGGGCGAGCAAUCCCCGGCCAGCUCCGAGGGAUCUCAGCAAGCUCCUAAAAACCCUCCAGCUCCUCGCCCCGAGCCGGGAUACCGACCCAUCAUCCAAUCGCCGGGUUAUUCCGGCGGCAGCGCGGCGGGCAACGGCGGCGCCGGAGGUGGAGGAGGAGGAAAAUCCAAAAGUUAUUCGGCGUCUCGACAACCGCCGCGCUCCACCAACACGCCCAAGUGUCAGAGCAGCUACACGCCCAGCACGCCCAAGCCCAGCUCGGUGAUCGCCAGCCAGUCGCCCGCCUACUCGCCGGGCCAGCCGCCUCAAAGUUUGCUGGCCAUGGGAGGAGCGGGAGGUUACAGCGCGGCGGGAGCGCCGCAGACUUUGGGAGGGGGCGCUCAGCCCGCCGGGGGGUUCAGCACAGGGCAAGGAGGGGACAUGGCCGGCAAAACCGGUGGCUACCAAGCUGGAGGGCAAGCUGGAGGGCAAGGUGGGCUCCAACCGUGCGUCAGCGGGGCUGGGACUUAUUCGCCGGAACAGCUACAAGCGUUGCCCUACGGCGUGCAGCCCGAGGGAGGGCAAGCUGGAGGUUAUGGACCACCAGCCCCUUCUCAGGGCUUGCCCACCGCCAGCCCCUCGCUGACCUACAGCACCGGACACUCUCCGGCCAUGCCCGGACCGCCUUUACCCUACGCCGGUCUGGGUGGCUCCAGCCCUUCUCCCAUCAUCCGCCCGCUGCAGUCGCCGCCGGCCGCUCGCCCUCAGAGCGGGGCAUCGCCGGGACAGUCGCAGAAAUAUCUGGGCUCGGUGUUGUCACCUUCUUUUAUGAGCCCACAAGGUUACGGAGCGGCUCCGAGCGGGUUGGAACGGCAACCACCGCCUCCUCCAUCCGCGGGGCCGCCGGCGGCGUUCGGGAAAGGAGCCAAGGGCGACGCGGAGCUGCUGGCGGCGGAGCGCAGCGAGGACGAGGAUUUCCUCAUCCAGCACCUCCUGCAAGCGCCCAGCCCGCCCCGAGAAGGGUUGGGGGGAUGCGAGGAGCGCCCCAAAAGCAUGGCUGGGUACGGCGCCCCGCUGGGUAAAGAGGAGCGUUAUCAACUGCAGAGCGUUAUCAGACCCAACUCCAACCUGGAGGCGCCGCUGGAGCUGGCGCUGCUCAAGGAGAAGAAGAAGCCGGAGAGGGGGAAGGAAUUUCGGGGAGCUGGCGGGGCUGGGGGAGGAUCGGGGGGCGAGGGGUUGGCGGCCACCUCGGUGGUUCAUUACGGUCACCAGCCCCCUCCCACUUUGGAUUCGUACGAGUUAAAAAAACCCCCCGAGCACAAAGAGCUGGGCCAGCCGCCCCCCCCGCAUUCCUACCUGCCCAAAACCCCCGAGCACGGCCGGCUGGUGGGCGAGGGGCCGCCCCUGGAAGCGCACAACCUCCUGCUGGACCCCUCCCCAGAAUUGGGGGGCUCGUUGUUACCCUCGGUGCUGACCCACACGCAGAGCCAGCUUCACCCCCGCCCCAAAGGCAGAGCACCGCUGGAUGUUCACCUGUUGGAACAGCAGAGGAUGCCUCCACCUCCUCCUCCUCCUCCUCCUCCUCCUCCUUCAGCUCCUCCAGCUCCUCCUCCAGCUCCUCCAGCCCCUCCUGCCGCCCCCUCCCCGCAGCUGCUGUUGGAAGCUCACCUGCACCAGGUGCGCUCGCAAGGGCUGGACCCUCAAGCCCCUCCACCCCUUCCCCCGGACUCCAUGGAGGUGCUGCCCCCUCCCCAAGAAAUCCAGGAUUUCCUGGAGCCCCCCUUGGGGUUGGAACCGCACCUGGCUCCCAGCGCGGGGGUUCAAGGCCCCCCAGGCCACCUGCUGGACCCCGAGGGGGGAGUCCAGGCCGUCCCCCAAGAAGCCAAGGAUCAAUUUUCCGAAGGGGGGAGCCCAGCAGGGAGCAAAGGGCGUUUUGUUCCCCUCACCUCCAUCUGCUUCCCGGAUGCUUUGCUGCAGGAUGAGGAUCGAGGUUUUUUCCCCGGGAUGGAGGAUAUGUUCGGCCCGCCGCCCGAGGAUUUCCCCAAACCCAGCGAGGAGGAGGAGGAGGAAGGCAACACCACAACCGGCUUGGAAACACGAGCAGAGAGCUUAAAACCCCCUCCUCCUUACGAUAUAGGGCAGAGCUACCCCUCAUUCUGCCCUCAGGACGCUGGAAACGCCGGGGACCCCCCCCAAAUGGGGCUGGAACCCCCCAAACAACACGAGCUGCCCUCCACGGUGAACGCAGAACCGCUGGGUUUAAUCCAGAGCACGACGGGCGACGGCGGCCCCAAACCCCCUCCACCUCUGCCCACCCCUUUAUUCUGCUCCUCCAAACCCAAAAAGCUGCUGAAAACUUCAUCUUUCCACCUCUUACGGAAACGGGACCCCUUCCCACCCCCCAAAAAAACCUACGCGCAGGAAUACGAGUUUGAGGAUGAUGAGGAUAAAGCCGAUGUGCCCGCGGAUAUCCGGCUGAACUCGCGGCGUUUGCCCGACCUCCUUCCCGACCUCAUCUCCAGCUGCCGCCGCCCCCCGCUCACCCCCAUGGGCGCCAUCGAUUUCUGUCCCCACCCCGGAGCUCACCCGGCUCCCAAAAAACGGGGACGGAAACCCACCAAGCCCAAGAGGGAAGGACCCCCCAGGCCCAGGGGGAGGCCGAGGAUUCGUCCCCUGGAACCGCCCGGGUUCCCCGAGGGAGCCAAGAGGCCCCGGGGGAGAGGGAGAGGACGGGGCAAGAAGGGAGGAGAGGAGGGAGAAGGGAUGGAGCCGCUCAAGCCGCUCAAGAUCAAACUGGGGGUGUCUAGGGGGAAUCACUCAUGCGCCCCCCCCCCAUUCCAGGGCCUCCCUGACCCCCCCCAGGACCCCUCCCAGAGCCGGAUGAAACAAAAACUGCGCGAGGUGGAGGAGAAACAGCCCGAGAUGAAAUCCGGAUUCAUGGCCUCGUUCCUCGAUUUCCUCAAAUCCGGGAAACGCCAACCCCUCCCUCCCAGCCCUUCCAAACCCCCCAAAAUCGGGGGGAACGCCCCAAAUUUCCCUCCCCCCACCGUUCUGGGGGGUUCUCUGGAAGGAGGGGACGGCGAGGGGUUGGUGAUGGCGUGUCCUUCGCCCUGCAAGCGCCUGGAUGAGGAAUUGAAAAGGAACCUGGAGACGCUGCCGUCGUUCUCGUCCGACGAGGAGGAUUCGGUCAGCAAGAACCAGGACCUGCAGAAGAGCAUCAGCUCGGCCAUCUCGGCGCUGGAUGAGCCCCCCGAGCGCAGGGAGGGCGAGCAGCACGCCGCCCCCCCUCCCCAAGAGCCCCCCCCGGCGACCCCUCCCCAAGCUCCGCCCCCAGCAGACCCGGCCCCGCCCCCAGCGGACCCCUCGGGGGGGUCCCCGGAGGGUCCCGAGCCGGCGGACGCGGCGCGGGCGCUGCACCUGGCCCAGAAGCAGGGCACGGCCGCCGUGUGCGGGGACACCAGCGACGAGGAGGCCGAGAGCGGAGGGGAGGGCAUCUUCAGGGAGAGGGACGAGUUCGUGGUGAGGAGUGAGGACAUCCCCGCGCUCAAGCUGGCCCUGCAGACGGGCAGGGAGCCUCCCCCCAUCUGGAGGGUGCAGAAGGCGCUGCUGCAAAAAUUCACCCCCGAGAUCAAGGACGGCCAGAGGCAGUUCUGUGCCACCAGCAACUACCUGGGUUACUUUGGGGACGCCAAGCACCGGUACCAGCGGCUCUACGUCAAAUUCCUGGAGAACGUCAACAAGAAAGAUUACGUGAGAGUGUGCUCCAGGAAACCCUGGCACCGGCCCCUGGCCCUCAGGCGCCAGCCCCACCCCAAACCCGCCCCUCCCCCCAAAUCCAAGGCCAAGCCCCCCAAGGUCAAGGCCGAGCCCCCCCCCAAAAAAAGGAAAAAGUGGCUCAAGGAGGCGGCGACGACGUCGGAGUCGGAGUCCAGCCCCGACCCCCAGAGCGAGGAGGAGCGGGCGCCGCCGGGGCGGGUGCUGAACACGCGGGCCAUGAAGGAGAUGUACCGCAGCUACGUGGAGAUGUUGGUCAGCACCGCGCUGGACCCCGACAUGAUCCAGGCCCUGGAGGACACCAACGACGAGCUGUACCUGCCCCCCAUGAGGAAAAUCGACGGCAUCCUCAACGACCACAAGAAGAAAGUGCUGAAAAGGGUGACCCUGAACCCCAGCCUGCAGGAGGCCCUGCACACCUUUCCCCAGCUGCACGCCGAGCCGGGCGAGUCGUUGGUGAAGCUGCGCCCGGGGGGGGAUCCCUACAACAGGAAAACGCUCAGCAAGGUCAAGAGGAGCGUGGGCAAACCACAGGAGUUCAAGGUGGAGGUGGAGAAGUCGUUCCUGUACACGCUGUACCACUCGCUGCACCACUACAAAUACCACACCUUCCUGCGCUGCAAGGACGAGACGACGGCCAUCGAGGGCCGGGCCGAGGACCUGGGCCAGGAGGAGGUGGUGCAGCGCUGCAUGCGCAACCAGCCCUGGCUCGAGCGCCUCUUCGACUCCUUCAGCGAGCUGCUGGCCCAGGCGCGGGCCAAGUGCGCCUGAGACCCCCCAAAAAUCCCCCCAGGACCAGGGGAGACCCCCG